CUAAGUAACAACCUCUGGGGCUCAGUUUUGUCUUCUGCCAGGCUAGGUAAUCCCUAAGGACCCUGUUAGCUCUAAAAUUUAGUUCAACUGAUAUUAAAAUUCUAGUAUUCUAGCAUUCGAUUUCCAAUUUAUAGAGUAAAUAAUGCAAGAGGAAAGGCCACAGACUGAAAACAGAGGCAGGAAGAAAGAAGAGAGUUAGGAAGGAGAAAGGCAAGAGAGCAGGAAGUCAGAAGUGAAAGGUUGGAGGAAGGGAGGUGAAUGGGGGACGGGGAAGAGAGGAUGCCUUCCUUACAUAGGGCCUGAGACUGGUUGGAGCAAGCCUCUGGACACCUCCCCUCCCCCUUCCCACCAUCCCUUUGCCCUCCCAAAAAGCAUGGGUGGAGACCCAAAGUCCCUAGGGCUAGGCCAGCCCCAGGGUGGAGCUGGGUUAACUCCUCCCCUGACCAGGAAGUGAGAAGGAAAGCAGUUGUGUACGUGAGACAGAGUGAGGAACCUGUGGUCUGGAAGGGUCCAAUUGAACUGGAGACCAGUUCGCUCUUCCCCCUAUCCCUCCAGGGUGGGAGCAUCGGGUUCAAGGGCUGUAGGACACCGAGAUCCCUGGGAAUAAGAUCUGGGCGCUACAGGAGCCCACUGCCAAGACGGGGCUGGCAUCGCAACCAUGCUCCCUUCGGGGGCCACUCCCGGGACCACGGACCGUUUCACGGUGUUGGCGGGUGCAGAAGACGUGGUGCUUCUACAGCGGCCUCAAGUGGAACGCAUCUUCAGAGUGCAGCUGAGUGUCCUUGAGAAGACCUGCCUGGGGAGCCCCCACAUCUGGCUGCAGCUGGAGGGGCCCCAAGAGAAUGUGCGCAGAGCCAAGGAGUACCUGAAAGGCCUUUGCAACCCAGAGGUGUGGGAGGAAGUCAGCUAUCCUGCAGCCCUGCAUUGUGUCUUCUUUGGAGCUGGGGGUCUCUUCCUGGACUACCUGUGCUGGGCUACCUCGGCUCACAUGGUGCCCCAAGCCCCAGGUUCUCUGUUACUGGGAGGCCUGAUUGAAGCCUUUGUCAUGGCCCAGAGCAGGGUGGAAGAUCUGUCAGGGAAACUGAGGCAAGGUGGUCCCCAGGGGACGCAGUCCAGGAAUGCCAGGGAACAAGUGACUCAGGCAUUCAAGGCCCUGGUUGGGAGCUAUGGGGAUGAACAUUCUAGGGCUCUCCUGGCUUUGCCCGUGUCUGUCCAGGAGUGGCUGUUAAACUUGGCAGGAGAGUCUGGGAGGGGGCAGGGGCUGCCAGAAUCUCCCCUGGGGCAAGAGGGGAGCCCAGUUCUCUUUGAAAGUGGUGGUUGGGGGGACCCUGUCAGAACAACUCCGAGUGAGGGCAGAGAAGUCAGGGAGGGUGAUAUUGUCUCUUUGGGCACCAGGUCUGUGGACCAGGAAGGGAUGAGGGUAGGGUGCCUGCCUUCGGAUCCUGGAGAGAGAGACUGGGAAAAAUUAUGGUUCAUGGGAGAAAUGGAUUCCAGGAGAACUGGAGAACUGGUCAGGGAAAAGGGCGGGCAUACACAGAAUCUCUCUGGGCAAAGAAACUUGGAGAGACCAGGGAGUCCCAGGGAGGGAUUACAUAGGCAGAGGAUUGGGGGGAGGGAAGGCGUCCCUGAGGAGAGAGAUUGUCCAUCUAGGGAAAGGAACUGGGGGAAGGAUGGGCUCCUUGGGGAGAGGGAUUGGAAUGGGGAGGACCUGACUAGGGGGAGAGACUGGGGCAGAGAGCUGCACUUUGGGCAGAGGGAUUGUGGAAAAGGGGGACCGAGUAGGGAGGAGGACCAGGACAGAGUUCGGUGUUUAGAAGGAAAGUGCUUGAAAAGAGAGGAGCUGUCUGGUGAGGUGUCUCAAAGAGAAGGGCCCCAGAACCAAGAUCAGUUCCCAAGCCCUGACUUCCUCCAGGGGCUGAAACAGGCUGCAAGUGAUGCCUGUGGCCAUUCUUCUCGGGCAAUGGUGGGUGAGCCGCAGUGGAGGGGCCCCCUAAUGCCCCACCUUCAUCUCAACAAUGGAGAAUCCUCCCCACCAAUGGGGCCUAAUCUUCUACCUGGGGCUCAAUCCACAUGGCUUGAGUCUCCAAAGCCUGGGGAUGGGCAGUCAGUGGGACUUCUGGGGCAGGAGCCUCCAAAGGGAAGCGUAAGUGGCCCCAUUGGUGGCAGCUCUGAGGUGACCAAAACCCAGCGCUUUCUGGAGGCCCUGAAGACCCCGUUCUCCUUGAACCUCACUAACGUGCCUGGUGCAACAGGUCUUCGACAUGUUAUCAUCGAUGGCAGCAAUAUAGCUAUGAUCCAUGGCCUUCAGCAUUUCUUCUCCUGCCGGGGCAUAGCCUUAGCUGUGCAGUAUUUCUGGGAUCGGGGGCAUCGGGAGAUCACUGUCUUUGUGCCUCAGUGGCGCCUUAGGAAGGACUCCAAGGUGAAAGAACGCCAUUUCCUGACUAAACUACAGUCCCUCAGCCUGCUCUCUGUCACCCCCUCUCGAAUUGUGGAAGGGAAGAGGAUUACCUCCUAUGAUGACAGGUUUAUGGUGAAGCUGGCCGAAGAAACUGACGGCAUCAUCGUUAGCAAUGACCAGUUCCGAGACUUGUCAAAUGAGUCUGAGAAAUGGGCAGAAAUCAUCAGAGAGUGUCUGCUGCCUUACACUUUUGUGGGGAACAUCUUCAUGGUCCCAGAUGACCCAUUGGGGCGUGAGGGCCCCACCCUGGAUGAGUUCCUCAAGAAACCAAAUGGGAUGCAGACUUCGAGAGGUCGAUCAACUCGUCGACGAGGGCUCCCUGCUAGCCGACCCUCCCGACCCAGCUCUAGGGCCCGAUCUCAGGUUCGAUCUGGAGCCCAUCCUCGACCACCACCUCGACCAAGAUCUCAGCCUCGACCCCACACGAGGGGCUUGACAGAAUCUGAAUUUCAGCCAAAGCAGCUGGAGAAAACGGAGGAAGAUGUGGGAAUGAGCGGUUUACGAAGGUCAAGAGAGACUGAGCAGCUUCGGCACAAACUGCUGGAGGUGUUCUGGGGACAGGACCAUAAGGUGGACUUCAUUCUACAGCGGAACCCCUCUAAUAGGGACCUCAACCAGCUUUCAGAGGCCCUGCUCAGUCUGAACUUCUGAGCUCUUCACUGAAUGGGGGUUGCCGGUAAGGUGUAUCCUGGUGAAUCUGGACAGUUGGGUCCUACUUCUGGUUUAAGAGUGAGAUCUGGGGGUGGCGCAGUGGAUAGAGCACUGGUCCUGGAGUCAGGAGUACCUGAGUUCAAAUCCAGCCUCAGAACGUUGACACUAGCUGUGUGAUCCUGGGCAAGUCACUUAACCCCUAUUACCUCAC